AUGGCCAUUGUGGGGAGUCAAGUCGGCAUAAGAUUGCGCAAACUAUCCAAACGUUUGCAGGAUCAGCUUGCAAACAUUACAAAUGUUGCUUUUGAGUCAAUCAACAACAUUAGAACUGUCAAAAUGCUCGGCAUUGAGGAUAUUCUUCUCUGCAAGUUCGCUUCAGAGUUACGAGCAUUCGAUUCAAUCAACAACAAGUUUGCAUCGGGUUUCGCACUGUUUCAAAGCAUGACCAAUUUUGCCUUUAAUGGAAUAGUCUUGGUCACUUUACUCUUCGGUGGACACCAACUGCUCGGUGGUCAAAUGUCAGCUGGAAAUCUGAUGUCUUUUCUCGCAACCACUCAGACCAUCCAGCGCUCACUUUUUGCUCUUUCGCUGCUUUACGGUCACUACAUCAAAGUCACCUCCUCAAUGCAGCGAAUUGUUGACUACCUAGUCAUUGAAUCGCCGCAAAUAACGGGAAAAGUUUUGCCCGAUUUCGUUGGCAACAUUCAGUUCAAAGACGUCGUAUUUCGGUAUCCAAAAAGGCCAGAGUCGGAGGUGUUAAAAAAGAUUAGCUUAACUCUGGAGCCGGGCAAGGUGACUGCACUCUGUGGCCAUAGUGGAAGCGGCAAGUCUACCAUUGCAAUGCUGGUCGAGUCUCUGUACGAUCUGGAGUCAGGAAGCAUCACCGUGGAUGACAAUGAUCUAAAUGAACUUGACUUAAAGUGGCUCAGAAAAGAUGUUGUCGGCUACAUUUCGCAGGAGCCAGUUCUCUUUGGCACUUCAAUUCGAGAAAACAUCAAAUUCGGAAAACCCGAUGCCACCGAGGAAGAGGUUAUUCAGGCGGCAACAAUUGCCAACGCCCACGAGUUUAUCAGCAGUUUUCCCAAUGGCUACGACACUGUCGUGGGACAGCAAGGUGGAGCAUUAUCAGGGGGCCAAAAGCAGCGAGUGGCCAUUGCUCGGGCAAUCAUAAAA